CGCGGGUCUACCCAACAUCCUACCGUACAUGGAAUAAGGAAGGCUACACAGCGUCGACUGUCGAAGCUCCUGUGGAUUUUUUCUUUAUUUUAACAAAUAUCAUUCCGUUUAUUUCCCAAGAUUCAUGCGUUUCAGCGUUAUAUAAAUGCACUGUCUAAUUCCAGAGAUUUGGAGGGUGCAGAUCAGCAGCUGAUAAAUUAUGAAUGUUGAACAAGAUGAGCUCUUCCCACUGGAUCCGGAUGAUGCGAGGGCCUAGAUGGAAGGGCGCCGCCGCAGUGUCUGACCCGCUCUUCCUGCUGCUGCUCCUGCUGCAGCUGCUGGUGGUGGCCGGGCUGGUGCGCGCCCAGACCUGCCCGUCCGUCUGCUCCUGCAGCAACCAGUUCAGCAAGGUGAUCUGCACGCGCCGGGCGCUGCGCGACGUGCCCGAUGGCGUCUCCACCAACACGCGUUACCUGAACCUACAGGACAACCUCAUACAGGUGAUCAAGGUGGACAGCUUCAAGCAUCUGCGUCACCUGGAGGUCCUCCAGCUCAGCAAGAACCACAUCCGCAGCAUCGAGAUCGGCGCCUUCAACGGCCUGGCCAGCCUCAACACGCUGGAGCUCUUCGACAACCGCCUUACCACCAUCCCCAACGCCGCCUUCGAGUACCUGUCCAAGCUCAAGGAGCUGUGGCUGCGCAACAACCCCAUCGAGAGCAUCCAUGCGUACGCCUUCAACCGCCUGCCCUCGCUGCAGCGCCUCGACCUGGGCGAGCUCAAGAGGCUCUCGUACGUCUCGCAGGCCGCCUUCAAGGGCCUCAGCAACCUGCGCUACCUGAACCUGGGCAUGUGCAACCUGAAGGAGAUCCCCAACACGGUGCCCCUGGAGCGGCUCGAGGAGCUGGAGCUGUCGGGCAACCAGCUCUCGGUGCUCCAGCGCGGCUCGUUCCGGGGGCUGGCCAACCUCAAGCGUCUGUGGAUGAUGCACGCCCAGAUCCAGACCAUCGAGAGGAACACCUUCGACGACCUGCAGACGCUCGUCGAGCUCAACCUGGCCCACAACAACCUGACGCUGCUGCCCCACGAGGUGUUUAGCCCUUUACAGCGAUUGGAGAGGGUGCACCUGCACCACAACCCUUGGAACUGCAACUGUGACAUCCUUUGGCUCAGCUGGUGGCUGAAGGAGGUGGCGCCGGCGAACGUCAGCUGCUGCGCCCGUUGCUUCUCGCCGGUCAACUUCCGGGGACGGUACAUCGGCGACCUGGAUCAGAGUUACUUUCAGUGUCACGCUCCCGUCAUAGCGGACCCCCCCACGGACCUUAACGUGACGGAGGGGAGUCCCGCGGAGCUCAGGUGCGGGACCAACACCUGGACCUCGCUCACCUGGCAGACCCCGAACGGCACCAUCAUCAACUUCGGGGUAGCCCCGCCCAGAACCUCCAUCCUCAACGACGGCACGCUGGUCUUCUACAACUUGUCGACGGCCGACACGGGAAGGUACACGUGCGUCGUCGUCAACAUGGCGGGCAACACGACGUCCUCAGCCUUCCUGAACGUCUCGACCGUCGACAACAGCGGCGUCACCUACUUCACCACGGUGACCGUGGAGAUCACUGAGACGCCCAACGAGGGCACGCCGCCGGUGCUGCCUGGCAACCACUGGUCCUCCACCACCACGCGGGGCACGCCGGUCUCCACGGAGCGCGCCUACACCAUCCCCGUGACGGACGUGGACGCGGACGGCGUGGACGGGCUGGACGAGGUGAUGAAGACCACCAAGAUCAUCAUCGGCUGCUUCGUGGCCAUCACGCUCAUGGCCGCCGUCAUGCUCAUCAUCUUCUACAAGAUGCGCAAGCAGCACCACCUGACGGACCCGGACGGCCCCGCCCAGGCCAUCGAGAUCAUCAACGUGGACGAGGAGCUGACGGGCAUCCCCUCGCUGGAGAACCACCACCUUACGCUGCCCCCGCUGGGCCACCACGAGCACUACAACCACUACAACGCCUAUAAGACUGCGUACAACCACCACCACGGCCCCAUCAGCUCUUUGCAUACGUCCGCGCAUGAACCUUUACUAAUCCAGGCCAGCUCGAAAGACAAUGUGCAAGAGACGCAAAUCUAAGACACAAAUCUA